CAUAUGCUUAAUUAAAUUUGGUUUGGUUAAUCUCAAUUCUGCGCUUUCAGAUCAGUUUCUCUGAUUCUUCACAUCUCGUCUCAGCUACAGUCUUAACAAAAAACAAUUCAAAUCUCAACAAUGUCUGCCCUCGCCAGAGCUGCUAGAUUCACUCCACGAGUGACCCUCAUUAGCCAGACAUCCGGAGCACGAGCAGUGUCGGCCGCCGUCACCGUGCAGCCGCAGCAACUAUUGCACACGACUGCAGUUAGACGAGACAUCGACUCGGCCGCCAAGUACAUCGGAGCCGGAGCUAGCGCAGCAGGAGUAGCCGGAUCUGGAGCAGGAAUCGGAAGCAUCUUUGGAUCUAUGUUGAUCGCCUACGCUAGGAACCCCUCAAUGAAGCAACAGUUGUUCUCAUUUGCUAUUCUGGGAUUCGCCUUGUCCGAGGCUAUGGGACUAUUUUGUCUCCUGGUUGCAUUCUUGAUCCUGUUCGCUUUGUGAGCGAAACUGGAGCGGAAUAUUACAACUAGAGGCUGGCACACAACAGUUGAACCAAGAGCACAUUUACUCGCAAGCUGGGACAUAGAUUAAUUCACGAAACUCAAUGCUCUGAGCUGAUCUUUUACUCACUGAUGUAGUACCACUAAUUGACGAUAAUUUGUAUCUAUGUUGCGAACUUGAAAUUACUACUGUUAACGGAGACAAUAUAUCAUGUUAACCUGA